UGGGUACCAGAACGUGCCAUUAUGCGGAUGAGAGAGGGGGAUAAGACAAGGGACGCAGGUGAGUCACCAUCCCCGCCCCGCGCUCCCCCUCUCAGUGGCGCUUGGUAAGUCCUGCUUCAGUGUAGCGGUUCGGGCGCAGGACGGGUUUACUGGCUAAGAAAGGGGGGUAUUCCGGGCGGUACCAAGUGUUGGCGCUGAGGAGGAGACGGAGUGAGCAGAAUCCCUCAGAAGCCCCGCUGUUCAGUUAUCUCUGUCAGUAUCGCCGGUACCGAGCCGCGGUCUUAUGAUGAAUUACCUGCGGCGCCGCCUGUCGGACAGUAACUUCAUGGCCAACCUGCCCAAUGGCUACAUGAGCGACCUGCAGCGCCCGGACCCGCCCGCACCUCCUCCUCCUGCUGCUGCUGCUCCUCAGGGGCCCCCUCCGCCCGCCGUCUCCCCCGAACCGCCCAGCUCCGGCGGCUUCUUCUCGUCCCUCUCCAACGCCGUCAAACAGACAACAGCGGCCCUCAGCGAGCAAGUGUCCACCGCCACCGGAGUCAGCCCCGGCCUGAAGGGAAGCAAAGUCCUCCUCGUCAUCGAUGAACCGCACGGAGACUGGGGGAAGCUGUUUAAGGGGAAGAGAAUCAAUGGAGAAUACGAUAUCAAAGUGGAACAGGCCGAGUUCUGUGACCUGAAUCUGGUGGCACACAGUAAUGGCAGCUUCUCUGUAGACCUGGAGGUUCUGAGGAAUGGGGUGAAGGUUGUAAGGUCAUUGAAGCCAGACUUUGUGCUGAUUCGCCAGCACGCCUUCAGCAUGGCACGUAACGGGGACUUCCGCAGCUUGGUCAUUGGGCUGCAGUAUGCUGGGGUGCCCAGCCUCAACUCCCUGCAUUCUGUCUACAACUUCUGUGACAAACCUUGGGUGUUCUCCCAGUUGGUGCGAUUACACAAGAAGCUGGGGCCGGAGGAGUUCCCUCUCAUUGAGCAAACCUAUUACCCCAACCAUAAGGAGAUGCUGACUGCAUCCAAGUUCCCCGUUGUGAUCAAAAUGGGACACGCACAUUCGGGGAUGGGGAAGGUGAAGGUGGACAAUCAGUAUGAUUUCCAGGACAUAGCGAGUGUGGUGGCGCUGACCAAGACUUACGCCACAUCGGAGCCGUUCAUAGACGCCAAGUACGACGUGCGCAUCCAGAAGAUUGGGAGCAACUACAAGGCCUACAUGAGAACCUCCAUUUCUGGGAACUGGAAGACCAACACUGGGUCGGCAAUGCUGGAGCAGAUUGCUGUGUCAGACAGGUACAAGCUGUGGGUUGACGCUUGUGCUGACAUUUUUGGGGGCCUGGACAUCUGCGCUGUAGAAGCACUUCAUGGGAAGGAUGGACGGGACCAUAUCAUUGAGGUGGUUGGCUCCUCUAUGCCUCUGAUUGGAGACCAGCAGGAGGAGGACAAGCAGCUGAUAGCAGACUUGGUUGUGUCCAGAAUGUCCCAGAAUGUGCAGUGCAGCCCAUCCCUGAGUCGCCCUACACACGGCACCCAGCCUCAGGCGCAGGUUGUUCACUCCAGAUCCGCAACUCCCAUUCAGCAGCAGCAGCAACAGCCUCAGAGACUCCCUCCUCAAGGGGGUCCUCAAGCAACCCAAGGUCCAUUGCGCCAGGGGCCACCCCCCCAGCAACGACCCCCACCACAGGGUCAACAGGUCCAGGGUCUAAGUCCUCAGCCUUCUGCACAUCCACCAAAUCUACCCAGUCCAGGAGCCCAGCAACGCCAAAUCCCCCCUCAACAGCAGCCCCAGCAGGUCCGACCCCAGCAGCAGCCUUCACCCCGCCAGUCCCAGUCCCCUCAGAGGCAGUCAAGUCCACAAGGCCCCCAGUCACCUCAAAGGCAACAGCAAGGCCCACCUAUGCCAACUGGCCCCAAGCCAAUGGGAGUUCAACCUGGGCAGCCACGGCAGCCGGCUCCUCCAAGACAGCCAAUCCCUGCAGGGCCCCAGCAGAAGCCGGCCCCUCCACUCAGCCAACAGCAGCAGCAGCCCCCACAACAGGGCACCCGCCAGCCAAUGCAGCAGCCGCCACUUCAGCAGCGCCAGUCUGUUCCUGGAGCGCCGCAACAGCCGCCACCCCGACCAAUGACUCAGCAGCCCCGGCCUAAUCCCCAGGGCCCCGGCCAAUCUUCCUCCCGUCCUGGAGGGCCACAAAAGCCUCAAGUGUCUCAGAAGCCGGGCGCCGAGCUGCCCCCACCCCAGCCGCAGCUGAAUAAGUCCCAGUCCCUCACCAACUCCUUCACCCUUGCAGACACACCGGCUCCUCGCUCCAACCUUAGCCACGAUGAAGCAAAAGCCGAAACGAUACGCAACCUGAGGAAAUCCUUUGCCAGUCUCUUCGCCGACUAAAGGGGGUCUCACCGGAGCCUCACUCGUACCCUAUGCCCACCUCAUCCCCAUCAUUAAGCCCCGUGGCUUUGUGUAUAAACUGUUUCCCCCUGACAUAUAUGCACGGCUUCUUGUGCUCCUGACAGUGCCAGGUAGAUAAUAUGGAGGGAAGGGUGCCAGGAGAUGUACACAAUACAAGAGAGAGAGAUAUAUCUAUAUAAAGAGGAAUUAUACAUAUUUCUAAUAUAUUCUAUGAUGUAGCUUAGAGCAGGGACACAGGCACAAGGGAUAGGAGAUAUAUACAGUAUAUAUAUGGAUAUAGGAGAUAUAUACAGUAUAUAUAUGGAUAUAGGAGAUAUAUACAGUAUAUAUAUGGAUAUAGGAGAUAUAUACAGUAUAUAUAUAUAUGGAUAUAUGGAGGAUACAGGUCCAGAUGAACCUCCUUAUUGAGCCGGACUGAUGCUUGUACAUUCCCCAGGUCAGUGGCGCAUGAAUAGAGAUCCUAAUUGUUACUCUUGUGCUCCAGUUGUGUGAUUGUAGCUCAGUGUUAUUAGUGGACUAGUUCAGUGUGUGCCUUUGUGAGUCUCAUAUUCCAGGCUGUCUCUUGAUGGUUUUGUCUCUUGGUUUUGCCCCCAUUGCCGUGCGUAUUCCUUUGGCUUAGAUUUUGCUGCAUUCUCUCCCGCGGCUCAGCACCCUCAUAGAUUGUGUUGGCAGUCAAAGCUUGGGGUUCCCUUUCACCCCCUUAUUUCCGGCAGCAGCGAGCCAGGCUAAUGUUUCUGUAGUUAAUGAACCUUGUGUUGCCAUGGAAAAUACUCUUGUGUGCCAGUAAAUGUGCUGUGCGUGUGUGUAACCCCAGCUUGCCAGUGUGUGGUGUAGGUUGUUGGUGUGUGCCACCUGUUCUUCUCUAGGAAGUAGUAAACUGUUGUUCUGAGUAUUGAGUUAUUUAUUUCACCCCCAGCUUCUGAAGGACAUGGGGGAGACCGAAGUGUGUACACUGUUCGUAAAUGCCUUUGUGUGAAAAUGUGCACCCGCCGGGGUAACAACAUGUUAUUUGUCCAAAGAAAUAAACAUUCUGCCAAUAAAA